GGCGGAGCGGAGCGGCCAUGGCGAGCUGGGGCUGGGCCCGGGCGGUGCGGGGGCUGCUGCUCGAUGUCAGCGGGGUCCUGUACGACAGCGGUGCCGACGGCGGCGUCCCCAUCGCCGGCUCGGCCGAGGCCGUGCGCAGGAUCAAAGCCUCUGGGCUGAAGCUGCAGCUCUGCACCAACGAAACCCAAGCAACCCGGGAGAAUUUCGUGAGGAAGCUGCGGGCCAUGGGCUUCGACGUCUCGGUGGCCGAAGUGACGGCGCCCGCGCCGGCCGCCUGUCGCCUGCUGAAGGAGCGUGGCCUGAGGCCACACCUGCUGGUGCACGAUGAUCUUAUCCCUGAGUUUGCUGAGAUUGAUAAGACAAACCCGAACUGCGUGGUUCUUGGAGAUGCAGCAGAAAACUUCACCUAUGCAAACCUUAAUAAGGCUUUCCAACUUCUGAUUGGGAUGGAGAAGCCUGUUUUGAUCUCCCUUGGAAAAGGACGCUACUAUAAAGAAACCGAUGGUCUGAAACUUGAUGUUGGAGCAUAUAUGAAGGCAUUAGAGUAUGCUUGUGAUAUCCAAGCUGAGGUUGUGGGGAAACCAGCAAAAAGGUUUUUUGAGUCAGCCCUGGCAGAGCUGGGAGUUCCACCAGAGCAGGCCAUCAUGAUCGGGGAUGACAUCGUGAGUGAUGUCGGGGGAGCCCAGCAGUGCGGGAUGAGAGCGCUGCAGGUGCGGACCGGCAAGUACAGGCCUUCCGAUGAAAACCACCCCGAGGUGAAGCCUGACGCCUACGUGAACAACCUGGCUGAGGCUGUGGACAUCAUCCUCCGGCAGCUGUAAAUCCCAGCAGGAGCAGGGAUGAGCCCUCACGGGCAGCCCCUCCGUGGAACCACUUCAUCCUCUCCCAGCUCCACCUCACCGUAGUGAGCCCAGCGCAGCCUUGCCCAGGGUGGUGGGCAGCCGCCUGCUGAAACAUUUCAUGUAGUGGUUCUAAAAUGACCUACUGACCUCAUCCAAGGGAGCAUCAAACCUGCUGUCCUCUGGCCGGUCUUGAAUGUCCUGAGGCCCCUUGGUGCCUGUGAGGGGCCUCAGCCUCCUUGGGGUGAUGCUGGGGAGCUGUUCCCCCUUUUUAUCUUUGCUCACACUGGGGACCCAGCCUGGAGGUGGGAAAUGGGGGAACCCAGGCACCCCCUCAUGGAUGGAUUUACCUGCUUAACCCACAUGUCCUGAACCUUUUGGAGUGCCUGAGAUGGGAUGGGGGAUGUCCUUGGGGGCGAUGCAGGCCACCAAGGCCCGGGGUCCUGUGUGUGCCUUGGGUGGCACAGAAACCCUGGGGAGGGGAACAGCCCCACAUGCCUUGGCAAGGCAGUGACCGUGGUUCUGCCAGGAUUAGCCCGUCUGGAACAGCCCUGGGUGAGGGCACAGGAAUCAAGUAACACAUUAGGGACUAAAUGCACCAUCCUGUCAGGAAUAAACCCUGUCCUUUGGA